GAAGGCUCAUAUUAAUCCACGAAGUCAAAGUUGCUCACUUUCACUAUAAAGUCGCGAACUUUAUUUUGUUUUCAAUGGCUUCUUCGUCUUGUUCCCUCCGCUCGAUUCUAUUCUCAUCGCCCACCAACCUCCGUUCAAAUUAUUCUCUUCCCACUUCCUUCUCCAGGAACCAUCUCACUUGCUCUGUUUCUUCUACCGCGUCUCGUUUCGAAUCGUUCUCUGUUUCAUCGAUCGGAACUGGAUCUAGCCGGAGAUUAUUUAACACUCGGCGAAAGGUACUGGAGGUGAGAAGCAUGGCUACGACGGAGCAGAAGCAGAGAGUAGAGACUUAUAAUCAGGAGGAGAAUUUGGCGGUUGAUUUGGCCAAAUUCACAGCUGAUCUCUCCGAUAAGUUUUGUAAAGAGAGAGGCGCUUUCACUGUCGUUGUCUCCGGUGGCUCUCUCAUCAAAUCGCUCCGGAAAUUAGUAGAACCUCCUUUCGUUGAUUCGAUCGACUGGGCGAGGUGGCAUUUCUUCUGGGUUGACGAGAGGGUUGUUCCCAAGGAUCACGAAGACAGCAACUACAAGCUAGCUUAUGAUGGUUUUCUAUCCAAGGUUUCAAUUCCACCUGGAAACGUAUAUGCAAUCAAUGAUUCACUCUCUGCCGAGGCUGCAGCGGAUGAUUACGAGACCUGUCUCAAACAUUUAGUCAAGACCAAUAUCCUCCGGACAUCUGAAACAACCGGCUUCCCCAAAUUUGAUGUCAUGCUUCUCGGUAUGGGACCUGAUGGCCACGUAGCAUCCUUAUUCCCAGGACAUGGUCUCUGCAACGAGAACAAGAAAUGGGUAGUUUCAAUCACCGACUCUCCAAAACCGCCACCCGAAAGAAUCACCUUCACAUUCCCGGUCAUCAACUCCUCUGCACAUAUAGCUCUAGUCGUUUGCGGUUCUGGGAAAGCCGACGCCGUGCAGGCAGCUCUGAAGAAGACUGGGAACGUACCACCUGCUGGUUCCGUUUCCGCUGAAGAGGAGCUGGUUUGGUUUCUAGACAUCCCAGCCGCUUCCAAGCUCUAAACUGGUGUCGAAUGCUUUCCAUUCCAUUACACUUACCAAUGUGUCUACUCCAGUUUGGUUUUUUGUUAAGAGAGUGUUUGUAAUAAAAGCGUACUUGACAUGAGAAAUAAUGAAUCAAAUCAAUGGUUACUCUGAUUUGUAUUCAAAACAUAUCAGAACCAACGUUCUCUCCAACGGUUGUUUUGACUAAUAAGUUGGUUUAGUUUGUGUA